CCAAGGCUUUAGUUGUCAAACGGUGGUUAUGGAGAUGAGAUGGAAUUGACAAGGGAACUCUCUGAUGGGCAUUGGGGAGCAGCAUGCCUCGUAAGAUAGGGUUCGUGGUGGUCAGCUCCUCAGGCCAUGAGGAUGGCUACAGCCCCCAGGAGCUCAUGGUGCACGCCCCCACCGUCAACGGAUGGAGGUCCGCCAGGUAUUGCCCGUACCCCCAGGAGGUGACUCUCCAGAUGGCAGAGCGCUGUCGCGUGCGUAAGCUGCAGCUGUUGGCCCAUCAGUACCUCAUCCCCUCCAUGAUCGAGUUCUACAUCGCAGACCGACCGCUAGACCCCCUCUCAUCACCCAGCCUCACCGAACACUACAGACGACUCGGGUAUGUGUCCCUGUCUGACAAUGAGAAGACGGCCUUCAGAGCGCGAGAGUUGAAGUCUGUGCACGUUGACGCCGUGGGAACGUACCUGAGGCUGGCCUUCCACCGUAACUAUGACAACCGAUACAACCUGUACGGCCAGGUUGCUCUGGUGGCUAUUAAUAUCCUGGGAGACCCUGUGGACGACAGUGAGAGCCCCACUAUGCCAACCAAGGAGCAGCUUAUUGAGCAGUACCUGAACACCAGCCAACCAGAAUCUGUGUUGGACUGCACCUAUGCAGGGAGUAAGCUAGAGAGCAUGUCUCCGCUUGACGACUUGGCGUUUGCAAUGUACCAGGACCCUGAGGUGGCCCACAUCAUCCGGCUGCUGGACCAGCAGAAGCAGGAGAUGGUGCGGAUGGAGCGCUAUGACAACGCCAAGAUGCUCAAGCAGGCCGUCGCCGACCUGCAGAAGGUGGGGGAGCGUCUGGGUCGGUACGAGGUGGAGAAGCGGAGUGCUAUCGAGCGCGAGGACUACGAUACGGCCAAGCAACGCAAGGAGCAGAUGGACGCCUACCGCCUACGAGUCUACCAGCAACUACAGCUGCACAGCCUGCUAGAUGCAGCACAGCUGGACUUCCUGGGCGAGGUGUCUCCUGUGGACCCAGAGGUUCCGUCGCCCCGUGCCUACCCCAGGAAGGGCCCCUCUCUGCCCCCCUCCCUACCCCCCUCUCUGCCCCCCGCGGUACUACCCCAGGGCCCCCACCUGAGUGACUCCGUCUCCCCCAACAAGCUCUCCAGCCCAGAGGACACCCCCAGAACCAACCCACGCCGCGCACCCCUGCCCCCACUCGGAGAUGUGAGCACUGUAUCCUAUGACGACCGGCCCCUCCCGGCCCUGAGGAAGCGCGACCCUGGCCUAAGGCAAUCAGACGAGGCUGCGUCAUCAGAGCCCCCCGCCGACCCCCCCGAAUUAGCCGACCCCCCUCACCUCAGCCCCCGAAGUGCCACGGCAACAGGAGACCCCGAACCGCUCACGGAGAAGGCCCAGAGAGAAGCCAGCCUGCCCAUAGAGGUCUAUGGAGACAGCCUGGUGGCGGGGGCGUACUCUAAAUCCUGGUCCUACAGGGAAGACGCGCUAUUGGCCGUCUACAAGAAGCUGUCUGAGGCCCCGCCCACCAGCUCCAAGAGCGAGCUCCGCCUCCUGAUGAGGGCUGCAGUCUUCCUGGUCAAGAAGGCUCUGCUGGACAAAGUCUCAUCAGUGUUCCAGGCCUCUCUGAAGCUUCUAAAGCUGCUCCUGGGUCAGUUUGUGAGCGCGCACCACCUGGGCAGAGCGGAGACAACGCACUGUGUGGAGCAGACUCUCCCCAACCUCCUCACACGCACAGCAGACUCCUCAACACGCCUACGCACCACCGCAAUCAACUUCAUACAGGAGGUGGCGCUGUUUAAAGAGGUGCGCGUGCUACAGGCGGUGCCCCUGGAGCUGGUGAAGCCUCUGAAGGGCCACGUGCCGACGCGUCUGGCCCAGAGCCGCGUGGAGCUGCUGCACAGGCUACUGAAGGAGAUGGGCACCAGAGACUCAGGGUUCACACUGGACAACGUCAUGAAGUUCCUGGCUGGAGCCCUGGAGCACAGCGAUGCGAGCGUGCGCGAGACGGCUGUGAAGAUCGUCUUCACCAUGUACGGUCUCCAUGGAGACGCGGUGUUGGGCUACCUGCCGCCUAACGACGCCAGCACACGCAAGAACGUCCUCUACAAGAACAUCUUCGACGGCAUUGCCAAGAUGGACGGACACACAGGCGCCGACGCACAGUCGUCCCAUAAGGAGGGGGAGCAGAAGGCUGAGAAAGAGCGUCAAGAGAUCCGCAGCCUUCAGGAGCAGCUAGCAGUGCUCAAGGAGAUCAGCAGGUAUCUCUGUCCAUGCCUCCAGGAGAAGGGGAAGGAGAACUCCAAAGCCCCGGAGAAGAGAGCCGAGAAGCAGGGCGCUAAAGCAGGAGGGAAGAAGGCAGCCCAGGACUCUACAGCAGGAGCAGAGGCAGAGACAACCUCACCUGCCACCAGCUACCUCGACAAUCUGUGCAUAUUCUGUGGGGAGAAGGACCAGACUUUUACGGAGGACGGCCUAGACCUGCACUAUUGGAAGCACUGUCCCAUGCUCAAACGCUGCAUUCAGUGUCGACAGGUGGUUGAGAUCAGUAGUCUGACGGAGCACCUGUUGUCAGAGUGUGAGAGUAAAGGAGUCUUCAUGCAGUGCGCUCGCUGCUCAGAGGCCGUACACAAGGACCAGCUAGGAGACCACGCACAGAGCCCCACCUGCAAACCUCCUGUUUCGGGCAGAAACUGCAACCAUUGUCCUCUCUGCCACGACAACUUCUCCCCCGGAGAAGAGUCGUGGAAGGCUCACCUGAUGGGCAAAGAUGGCUGCCCCCAGAACUCCCGGAGGACUCCCCUAUCCCAGAGGCCUCUGCUCUCACAAGGUGGUCGUGUGGCGGCUGGCGUGUCGUCCAGGCUCUCAGGAGCGCCCCACAGAGGGAGGGCAGGUGUGGGCGUCAGCAGGGGCGGCAGAGUCCCAGCAAACCCCUCCAGAGGCGGACGCAACACCAACGCACGCGGAGCCAAACAGCGCUGACACCACACCGUCGUCACCAUGAGAGACUGUUGCCUUGGAGACAUCGUCACCGCGGGAACGACUGUGGCCUAUAGGGAGACUUUCAACAGCGGUACUGUCACUAGGAAGAUGGCAUCGUCUAAAGGCUCCGUCACCUUGGAGACUGUUACCCUGUAGACCAUCAUCUGGGAGAUGCCAUCGCCUAGAGUGAGAUCGUUACCUGGGUGACUGUCACCUAGAGACACCGUGACGGGGAGUGACCAUCUACUUAUAGAAGCCCCAACAGAAAAGCCAUCAGCUGAAGAUGAUUGUAUCACUUUAUACACACACACACACACACAUACACAAAUGUGUGCGCACACAAGAAUAUACGCAUAUAAGCACACGAGUGCACACACACACGCACGCACGCACACACACACGUGUUAAAGGACUGAGGGAUGUAUGGUCAAGCCUGUCCUUCCUCAGUGACCUUUAUACAGAGUGCAUCCACACACACACACACACACACACACACACGCGUGCACACACACACCUGCAUACUAGCUUCAUUCAUGCUCAUGUUGGUGCACCAACACUCCGCUGUGCUCUGCUGUGCUAACUUUGGUCAGACCUGUUCAAUAAUGAUGGAACACUUACAGUACAUGAGCUGGACCUGUUUUCCUCUACAGAACACACACACACACACACACACACACACACACACACACACACACACACACACACACACACACACACACACACACGCUGGCCUUUAGAAUGUGUUUUCCACAGUGGUCUUACCGCAGCCCCUUCAGUGCUGCCAGGGCUUUCUAAAAAUGUGGGUGUGCAUGUGGGUGUGUGUGUGUGUGUGUGUGUGUGUGUGUGUG